AUGGCGAGCCGACAAAUCACACGGCGCAUUGUCACCAGCGCAGCGAUCGCACUAUGCCUCAUAUUCUUCCUCUUCAUUCGACCGCAGGGGCCACCGAGCCCGGCCGUCCGCGCCCCAGGCCACAUCGACCACUCGGCACCGCCAGUGCCGGGGAUCAACAUUCAAGAUAGCACGCUAAAGGGCGCUGUGGUGAUGCCGAAGCUAGGCAACGAGACGGUCAAGGCUGAAUUAGGUCGUGCGACUUGGAAGUACUUCCACACUGUCAUGGCGCGGUUCCCCGAGGAACCCACAGAAGACCAGAAGGAGGCGCUGCACUCUUAUAUCUACCUCUUUGCGAGGUUAUAUCCUUGUGGGGAAUGUGCGGAGCAUUUCAUGCAGCAUUUGAGUAAGUAUCCGCCUCAAGUUUCGUCGCGAAAUGCGGCUUCGGGCUGGGCUUGCUUUAUUCAUAAUGAGGUCAAUGCCAUGCUUGGUAAGCCUGAGUUUGACUGCGCCAAUCUGGGGGAGUUCUAUGAUUGUGGCUGCGGUGGGGACGAGGAAGGGUCGGCUGCUUCUCCGCCUGAUGCUGGGAAGGAGGGCACGGGGCAGCACGAUGGCCCUGCGGUGGAGAUCUCGAAGGAAGAGACGACCCGUGGUUGA